GCCAUAAAUGUCCAUCUCAGCCUGGCACUCUCACCCCAUCUUGUGCUCCAUGGUACUUUAGGAAAGGAUUAGUCAUCAGAGACAACUAUGUGUACAUGAAUGGACGUGUUGGUGUUAGCUGGAGUGGAGGUGGGGAUGGUAAAACAGUAGGAUCAGGAGCACAGUUGUAUAACAAUCACGUUGAAGUUGCAUCAGGCACUACUUGCUGGUCUGUGUCAGGAUCCCAUAAAGCAACUGGUCACGACACUAAUGAGAAUCGUGGAUACAAUCAGCAAGGCUAUGCUAAUAAUCUAACAAUGAAUACUGGACACAUAAACAGGCAGAAAGCAGCCGAUUCAGGCUACCUCACAGUGGAUGGAGAAGGGAUCCUUCAUCAAGCAUCUAAUGGAAAUGAUGGGCUAAGAAAUCUCUGGUAUAAAAAUGAUCUCUCCGGAGGUAGCAGUGGAUAUUUAGCUUAUUUCAAGUUAUUUAAUGUCAUUGAUAAUCAGCUAAUAAGUAACACUGCUGCUAGUGGUCAAAUCAUUGGAGCUGUCAUUGAUCAAGACCAUCAUGUUGUGAAAGAUAAUCAAUGCAAAGAUAAUCAUCCUAAAUGUACUGGAAUGUGAUAGUUUAUGCUGUGAUUGCUGUCUUAAGUGUUCAUGCACACACCACAUAGAGCUGAUUUUGCUUGCUGAUUGCGCUGAAUCAUGCAAAUUCACAUGUUAUUAUAAUAUGUGCAGCAAAUCUCACUAGUCUAGCUUUUUUCCAAAAUUGCUUCAACCCAUGAGUAGACCA